AAAAAAUACCGCGCCUCACCAAAAACCUUCAAAGACACGCAGGCGCAGUGCAACAAGCUCACACGUCAAAAAAUUUUCUGCUAUUCUUCCCAGAAAAAAUGGCGACUCGUUUACUGAGGUUCAGCACCGCUUUGCGGUCUUAUUCGGAUAAAAAUAGUCUCAUUCAGUUUCCAAAACGAUGGAGAUCAUCGCAAGCAUCUCUGCAGCAAAUUCUGAUAAAUCAACCACCGACUAAAUUAACAACCCUCAAUAAUGGAAUGAGAGUAGCCAGUGAAGAUAGUGGAGCAGCAACUGCUACCGUAGGAAUUUGGAUUGAUGCUGGGAGUCGUUACGAAACUGACGAAAAUAAUGGAGUUGCUCACUUCCUGGAGCAUAUGUCCUUCAAAGGAACAGCGAAACGUUCGCAAAUUGAUCUCGAAUUGGAAAUUGAAAAUAUGGGAGCCCAUUUGAAUGCAUACACAGGCAGAGAACAAACUGUCUAUUAUGCCCGAUGUUUAAAGCAAGAUGUACCAAAAAUGGUGGAAAUUUUAAGUGAUAUCAUUCAAAAUUCCAAAUUGGGUGAAGCUGAAAUUGAACGUGAACGAGGUGUGAUUCUUAGAGAAAUGCAGGAUGUUGAAACAAAUUUACAGGAAGUUGUUUUCGAUCAUUUACACUCGACUGCCUUUCAAGGCACUCCAUUGGGAAGAACAAUUCUAGGACCAACUAAAAAUAUUAAAUCCAUCUCGAGAAAUGAUCUUGUUUCUUACGUUAAAAAUCAUUAUGGUCCACCGAGAUUUGUGCUCGCUGGUGCAGGAGGUGUUGAACAUCAACAAUUGGUUGAUUUGGCUGAGAAGCACUUUGGUAAAAUGACUGGUCCUCAUUAUGAUGAUGUACCAAGUUUUUUGAAUAAUUGUCGAUUCACUGGAUCGGAAAUUCGUGUGCGUGAUGAUUCCAUACCACUUGCACAUGUUGCCAUUGCCGUUCAAGGUGUUGGAUGGGCAAAUUCAGAUAACAUUCCUCUCAUGAUAUUCAAUACACUUAUUGGUACUUGGGAUCGUAGCCAAGGUGGUGGAGGUAACAAUGCAAGUAAUUUAGCAAGAACCGUCACCGAGAAAAACUUGUGUCACAGCUUCCACAGUUUUAACACUUGUUACAAGGACACUGGACUAUGGGGAAUGUAUUAUGUGUGCGAAAAUGAACAAACUGAAGAUAUGACAUUUGCAGUUUUAAAAGAAUGGAUGAGAAUUUGCACAUCCAUCACAGAAAAAGAAGUUGCCCGUGCAAAGAAUAUUUUAAAAACAAAUAUGCUCUUACAAUUGGAUGGAACAUCAAAUAUUUGUGAAGAUAUUGGUAGGCAAAUGCUUUGCUACGAAAGACGAAUUCCACUUCACGAAUUAGAAGCAAGAAUAGAGAGUGUAACAGCUAGAACUAUACAAGACGUUGGAAUGAAUUACAUUUACAAUCAUUGCCCAGCAUUAGCAGCAAUUGGUCCAGUCGAAGCUGUUCCUGAUUAUAAUCUUAUCAGCGGCGCAAUGUACUGGUUAAGACUCUAAAUAAAUUUUCAAAGCAACAGUCA